UGGUUACUGAUGGUCACUGCCCAGAUUGGGUUGUCAUGGCACCAGGAGUGCACGGACAGUGAAGGAGGCAGGGGGACAGUAAUCCCGGGGGGACAGGGCACCGCCCGGACAACACAGGGGACAACUUCCGGCAGCGCCUUGACUGGAUUUCCCCCUGAGGAAGGCGGCAACAAACCUGACAGGAUCCUUUGGCGCCAACUCCUCCCUCCGCCCAAUUCCAACUGGAUCCUAGUCGCGGCAGAAUGAAGGCCGUUAAUGGUUUCCCAGCCUGUAAUUAAUUAGAGAGAAGCGAGAAUAGGCGGGACCUCGACCCCACCCCACAUCGCACCUGAUCACACAAUUGUCCCCAGUCUCCCCCCUCCACACCGGCCCAGUUCAACUCUCGCCAGAGAAUAUUCAAUUCUGUCCCCAGUAGGUGGUCUGUGCGGAGUUAGACGAUGAGGCUGUAGGGGUGGGAUGGUAACUGGCAUCAGUGGGUUGACACCUCGAACAAACGGGAAUUCUACCACCUCCAGAAGAGGAGGAGAGGGCUGAAAAAUAGCCACUCACUCACAGAAGCCUCAUCUGUGAGGCUGUAAAGUUUCAAAGGACACACAACUAAGGAGUGUGUUAACAGAAGACAAGAUGUGAGGGAGAAGGCCAGCACAUCUUUUGUUAUGAUUCCAGAUCCAAAUAUUCAAAUGCAAAACAUAUUGAUACAAACAAUAGGCUGCACUUCACUUUUAAAUAUAAAUAUUGUCGAACAUAGCCAAUGCUGGCUUUUCAAGUUGGGAGUUCAGAAGCUUCAUUUGAAAUGAGUUAAUCAAUAAUAAGUCAGUAGUUUCUUUGUGAAUAGGGAGGUAAGGUGACUUGUCAUUCAAUCUGUUAGGUGCUGUGCAAAGAUUUUUUUCAGCUGUGCUGUUUGAGAGGCCAAGAACCAAUGUGUGCCAUGAGUUUUCUGUUUCUCUUUGCUCUAGCUACAGCUUACAUUUACCUGUGAUUGCUACCAAAAUCAUAUCUUAUAGUUCCCUUCAUCAUUUAUCACUUUAAUGAAAUGCAAAAACAGUUUAGCAAAUUUCACUUGGCAUUUUCUUGAUUUUUUUCAGAAGUUAAAUUUCGUACUGUCAACUUAUGUUGAGAAGUAAAACUUUCUGAAAGUUUACUUUUAAACUUUUUAUUCAAACGCCUUCCAUUUCUCUGAAGUGCACAACUCCCACUUUGAAUCUGUUUGAAAAUGUCUACUCCUAAAACUGGUGUGGGUGAGUUCACUGUGUGGGAUUAUGUAGUGUUUGUGUUAAUGCUGAUAGUUUCUGCACUCAUUGGAAUAUAUCAGGCUUUUAAAGCUAGAGGCCAGCAAAGCAAUGUCCAGUUUCUGCUGGGCAACAGAGAGCUGAGGGCAUUGCCUGUGGCUCUGUCCCUUGCAUCCAGCUUUAUGUCUGCAAUUACUGUGAUUGGGACACCAGCAGAGGUUUACCGGUUUGGGGCCAUGUUCUUGAUUUUCUGCUUAACAUAUGCCAUCGUGAUCACCAUCACUGCUGAACUCUUCCUGCCUAUAUUCUACAGACUCAAUAUCACCAGUGCGUAUGAGUAUUUACAAAUGAGGUACACCAAAAUAGUUCGAUACAUUGGAACCUCUUUCUUCAUCAUUCAAACAGUGCUGUACACUGGGAUUGUCAUUUAUGCUCCUGCACUAGCAUUGAAUCAGGUAACUGGAUUUGAUCUCUGGGGUGUACUCGUUGGAACUGGUCUUAUCUGCACCCUUUACUGUACUCUGGGUGGUCUGAAAGCUGUGGUGUGGACUGAUGUGUUCCAGAUGACAGUUAUGAUCAUUGGGUUCGCAGCAGUGAUAAUCCGAGGUGUGGUAAUUUAUGGAAGUUUUACCCAGAUCUUGAACAUUUCAUAUCAUGGAGGAAGACUCAACUUCUGGGACUUUGAUCCAAGCCCAGUAAGACGACACACUUUCUGGACGAUCGUGGUUGGUGGAACUUUUGUGUGGAUAGCUAUUUAUGGGAUUAAUCAGUCUCAGGUUCAGCGGUAUCUCUCUUGUAGAAGCCAGUUUGAGGCUAAGUUAGCUCUCUACUUCAAUUUGGUUGGUCUGUGGAUAAUAGCCAUCUGCGCAGUGUUUACUGGGCUCACUAUGUACGCUGUUUAUCACCAAUGUGAUCCCCUAACUCAAAAGAAAGUCAGAGCCUCAGACCAGUUGCUCCCAUACCUGGUGAUGGAUAUUCUGAGGGAUUAUCCUGGUGUUCCAGGACUCUUUGUGGCAGCUACAUACGGUGGGACUUUGAGUACGGUUUCCUCCAGCAUCAAUGCAUUGGCUGCUGUCACAGUGGCAGACGUCAUCAAACCUUUCACCGAUUUGUCAGAGAUGAAACUUGCUUGGAUCUCAAAGGGGCUCAGCUUCAUGUAUGGAAUCAUCUGCAUUGCAAUGGCUGCAUUGACCUCUGUGAUGGGUGGCGUCCUGCAGGCGGCUCUCACAAUUUUUGGGAUUCUUGGUGGUCCAUUGCUCGGGGUAUUCCUUCUAGGCAUGCUAUUCCGUUAUGCUAAUUCAGUUGGUGCACUAUCUGGCUUUGUUGUCAGUGUCAUACUGACAAUGUGGAUAGGAAUUGGCGAGCGUGUCUAUCUCCCAACACCUACUCAGACUCGACCGCUACCUGUCAGCACAGCAGGAUGUCUUGAUCUCGGCACUGAUACCCCACCAUCAGUGAAACUAGGCUCCUACGGAGGAACACAACAUACAGAAGAGCUGAUUUCCAGGCCAGCAAUCGCAGACACUUUGUAUUCAAUCUCGUACCUUUACUUGAGCCCAAUUGGUACACUGACUGUCAUGGUUGUUGGUCUCAUAGUCAGUUUGCUGACAGGAGGGAAGAAGAAUGUGGUGGACAAGAAGCUCCUGAUGACUUACAAGGAUUCGCUAUGCUACAACAUCUAUGUCAACAGAAGUGUUCAUUCAGAGAACACAAUUGACAAGGAGGAGCUGGAAGCAAUAGCUGACAGGAAGGAUACAGUCAGCGACCAGGAGCCUGAUUCUGACAAACAAAAUCUGGAAUUCACAACAAACGUAUAGUUAACAUGUGGGCUUUCUUCAAUAGAAGUACAGUGAGCAAGUCAUCAGGCUGUGGAGAUGUCUAACACAAUGGCUUAUAUCUGUGUAAAAGAUUGCUGGGCUAGAAAUAUCACAAAUUUCUUCCCUCCCCCCUCCCAAUAUUCCUCUUCCCAAACUGCAGUGUAAAUGAAAUUAUUUUUUCACUGCAUUUCCAGUCAAAUCAAAUUAGCAGAAACUAUUCUGAACAGUUUUUAUGGUAAUAAGCUUUAAACAUUUUAAUGUCUGUGUUUUUAAAACUUUUGAUGCUGGCUGCAUUGCUUGGGUCAGUGUGUUAAUGUUUUACCCCCAUUAACAACCCUCAGUCUGUUUCCCCAAGUGACUGUGACAAGAUCACAAAGUCAAACAGAACCUGUGACUGUAUUCCAAAUUCCACAUGCUAUAUUUGGUGGUAGUGGGGGGAUUGACUGUAGACUGUUAUUUGCAAAUCAGACAAGUUUUACAUUCUGGAGUGACUUUAAUCAGAUUUGGCACAACUUUGUGCAGCUUCUAGCUCUUUGUCCAACAUUUGCCAGCAAUACUUUGACUUCAUGAGAGUUACUGCUGAGAAUGUAACAAAUUAAGGACCAUCCCGCUCCCUAUCCAAACCCAUUGUGCUGCCCGUCCACCCUAUUCUCUGUCCAUUUGCACCCUGUGCCCAUCAAGACCCACCCUGUUCUCCACCCAAACACACUAAAUUCCCCACUGACUCUGUUCUCAAGUUAGACCGACCCAGCUGUUUAUCUGGAUUCUAUCUUUCUCAGCAUCAUUUCUUACUUGAUGUUAUAUUGAAUUACAGAAUAUGUUCAUGUACUGUAAAGUGUAACUUAAUUGAUAAUUGCAUUAAAAGUAUACCAAUUUUUUUCUUCCACUCAUACAUGUGCUAUCAAGCCACUUCCUAGAGAUUAGAAGUGGUGAGAUUAUGAAUCCAGUUCACACUGCACAAAUUAGAUUGAUACAAACUCUAACACACCAACAUGCCAUAAAUUAGAAAAUGAUUCUGAUCAGAAGGGAUACAGGGUAUGCUUACAGGAAUAGUCAGAGUGUGGUGGGAAAUGUUGGCACCAAACAAGAUAGAGGAAAAGAACAAGAAAUGCACUGGUACAGUGAAGACAAUAUCAAGAAAAAGGGUCUUCAGAAUAAUCUUGAUGCAGGAUGAGAGUUUACAGCAUGAGGAAUUCUGGGAAGCAGUGUCAGAGGGUGAUGGAAUAAUGACUGGAAGGGCAGAGUUAACAAAAAGCCACAAAUAAGGCUGUUAGAUAUUGUUGAAGCCGGAGUGGGGGUGUAGCUGUUGUUGAUGAAAGUUAAGGAAAGAAUGAGGGUGUGAGGUGUUGUUGAUUAAGAGAAUAAGUGUGAUACUGUUGAGUG